AUUAACCAGUUACAUUAAUUAGACCAAAGGGACAAAGAGAGAGACUGCUCGAUUUUAGUUCGGAUUUUCAGAUUUUUAGUGAUGACUAUGAAAGGAGAGAAAUCAAAAGCUGGCUCUGGGAAAACUGAGAAGCUUGCUAUAAGGAAGCAAAAAGUGAAGAGAGUUAAGGAUCCCAACAAGCCUAAAAGGCCUCCCAGCGCUUUUCUCCUCUUCAUGGAAGUGUUUAGAGAAGAGUACAGAAAACAACACCCAGACAACAAAAGAGUUGGUGUUGUUGGGAAAGCUGCUGGAGAUAAAUGGAGGUCUAUGACUGAAGAGGAGAAAGCCCCCUACAUAGAUAAAGCAGAGGAAAGGAAGGAGGAAUAUGGAAAAAAGAUGACAGCUUAUCUAGGGAUAUCGCAGGAGCAAGAGAACAAUGAAGAUUUGGAAUAGGAGGAUGAUAUUUAUAUAGAUUAUUUAUAGAUUUUUUUUUUUAUUUAUAGAUUUUAAUGGGACUAUCGUUGUUAUUCCCCAUACAUUUUUUUCUAGUAGAAAAGUAUAUAGCUUCUAUAAUGUUGCCCCUACUAUAGAUUGUAGUUGGUAGAUUGGGAUGAAAGUAUAUACGGUUUCUCUCCUUAACUAUUAGGUUUUGAGUACU